AUGCAAGAUGAAGGUUCUGAUACUGACGAGGACAAGAGCGUAUUGAUACCUGCACCACCAACUCCUCAAAGUUCAUGUUGGCGCCCGCUUUCAUCGAGACAUGGAUUCCCUCGAGCUUUCUCUCUUAUUGAGCUUGAGAUGGCAGCAAAUGGCUUUGGCACUGAGAAUCUGAUCCUAGAGGAGGAUGGCAUGAAACUUUAUGAAGGAAUAUAUCAGGAAACACCAAUUUUAAUCAGGCUUUUUUCUGGAGAUGAUGAUCGCUUCUGGUCAUUACUCAAGGUCCUCUCCUGUGUACGCCAUCGCAAUAUUGUGAAUCUAGUGGGGUACUGCUGCACGGCUGAUUCUUUGUUCCUGCUAUGCGACUAUCCUUGCAAUGGUAAUGAGUUGGCUAAGAACCUUUUGUGGAAAACAAGGUGGUAUAUUGCUCUAGAAAUAGGUGCAGGCCUACGCUAUCUGCGAGAGGAUUGUGCUGAUGGACCUAUCAUAGACCUUUCUAUAUGUUCGUCUGCAGUUGUAUUUUCUCACAGUUCCACAGCAAUGCUUAGCAUGUUCAAGAGAGCCAAGUGGCUUAAGGGUGAUCUACCAUGUAAUGAAGAUUCACCAGCAGAUCUUGAAAGGUGCACAUGCCCAACUAUAGAGGAAGACGAACGCCUUCUGGCUGAUUUAUGCGGUUAUGGGAUGUUCCUCAUAGAGCUCAUAACUGGAAAGAGUGCACAGACAUUUCAAGAGCAGGGCGAGGGUCAAUCCUUAGUUGACUGGGCAUUGCCCUUUCUGGAAAAUGGUUCACUGGACCAGGUGAUGGAUCCAAGAAUAGAGGACACAAGCGAUAUCAGGGUGGUUGAUCAUAUUGCACAAGCUGCACUGCUAUGUCUGAAAAAUGACUCAUGCCACAGAUUUUCCAUGAGUGAGGUCUUAGCUGUGGCUCGGGGUGAUAAAUUUGCAAUCGCCAAGUACUGAAAUCUAGAAGAAGGAUUGUCAACCGUCCUUGUAAUAAGGUAAAUAGAUAAACUGUGAGUGUGAAUAAAAUUCUGUGCAAGUAGACAAAAAUAACUACCUAUGCAGAUCAGAACAUGUCUUGAAAGA